AUGUAUGCUUACUUGAAAAGCAGGAAGUCAAGCCCUUCGAGAGGAGCCAACCAAGUGUCCAGAAACCAAGCUCGUCUGACUGUGAGUCCCAGCAGCUCUCAGUUCUUUGAAGGAGACUUUGUGUCUCUGAGCUGUGAGGAGGACGACAGCUCUGCUGGAUGGACUCUGAGGAGAAACACAAGCAAACAACAGAGGACUCAGUGUGGAGAUGGGUGGGGAGAAGGUGCUGGUUCUUCAUGUAACAUCGAUGUUUUCCCACUGGACAGUGGAGUUUACUGGUGUGAGUCCAGAGAGGGUCCCAUCAGUAACAUGGUUAACCUGACAGUCACUGGUGGAUCAGUGAUCCUGCAGAGUCCUGUCCUCCCUGUGAUGGAGGGAGAUGACGUCACUCUGCUCUGUAAAACAAAGACCACUCCCUCCAACCUCCCAGCUGCUUUCUAUAAAGAUGGCUCCCUCAUCAGGAAGCAGCCUACAGGUCACAUGACCAUCCAGCAUGUUUCCAGGUCUGAUGAAGGCCUCUACAAGUGUGACAUCAGCGGUCAUGGAGAGUCUCCAUCCAGCUGGAUCACUGUCACAGGUGACACACUCACCUGUCUGUGUUUCUGCAGCUUUCAACAUUCACAAUGUGACGACAACUUAAUGACUGUGUUUGCUUUGUUUUAG